AUGUCAAACCCUACCACCCAAAAGAACGAUGCUACAGAGCAACCCCAGCCACCGCAGAAACCCCAAGUCUUGGAGGAAGACGACGAGUUCGAGGAUUUCCCAGUUGAAGAUUGGCCACAGGAAGAGGCUGAGCAGACCGCUAGCUCGACAGCAAAUGGCGGUAGCGAGCACCUGUGGGAAGAGAGCUGGGAUGACGAUGACGCCGCAGAGGACUUCUCAAAGCAGCUCCAGGAAGAAUUGAAGAAAGUGGAAGCAUCGGCAUAA